GGAUAAUAGAAUUUUACAGCCCCGCCUCCGAAUAGAGGACAGUGGGACAGUAAAAACAAAGAUGGCGUCGCUGAGGAGUUUUCUUCGCACUGGGAAGGGCGCCGUUUCAGCCGUCAUACGGAGGGACUUUCACAGGACGCCCUCUGCUUCUGUGCAGGUAACUGUGAGGGAUGCUCUUAACCAGGCUUUGGACGAAGAGCUGGAGCGGGAUGAGCGUGUGUUUCUGCUUGGUGAAGAGGUUGCACAGUACGACGGAGCCUACAAGGUGAGCAGAGGUCUUUGGAAGAAGUAUGGAGAUAAACGCAUCAUUGACACACCCAUCUCAGAGAUGGGUUUUGCUGGCAUUGCUGUUGGUGCAGCCAUGGCAGGACUGAGGCCAAUCUGUGAGUUCAUGACCUUCAAUUUCUCCAUGCAAGCCAUCGACCAGGUUAUCAACUCUGCUGCAAAGACGUACUACAUGUCAGCCGGGCUGCAGUCUGUGCCCAUUGUGUUCCGAGGGCCCAAUGGUGCAUCUGCUGGAGUAGCGGCACAGCACUCGCAGUGUUUUGCUGCCUGGUAUGGCCACUGUCCUGGGUUAAAGGUCAUAAGUCCCUGGAAUGCAGAGGAUGCCAGGGGGCUCCUUAAAUCAGCCAUUCGUGAUGAUAAUCCAGUGGUUUUACUGGAAAAUGAGCUGAUGUACGGUGUGGCCUUUGAUUUGUCUGAGGAAGCACUGUCCAAAGACUUCACCAUCCCCAUCGGAAAGGCAAAAAUUGAGAGAUCAGGAAGUAACAUCACUCUCGUCUCACAUUCCCGAAUGGUUGGUCAUUGUCUUGAUGCUGCUGCUGUCCUGGCCAAAGAGGGGAUUGACUGUGAGGUUAUAAACCUGCGCACCAUCAGACCCCUUGAUGUAGAAACUAUCGAAACCAGUGUGAUGAAAACCAACCACCUGAUAACAGUUGAGGGAGGAUGGCCCCAGUUUGGAGUCGGUGCUGAGAUUUGUGCCAGAAUCAUGGAAGGUCCCGCUUUCAACUACCUGGAUGCCCCUGCUGUCCGUGUUACUGGAGUGGACAUCCCCAUGCCAUAUGCAAAGAUUUUGGAGGACAACAGCACACCACAAAUCAAAGACAUCAUCUUUGCAGUGAAAAAGACACUGAAUGUGUUGUAGGCAGCAAAACACUGUUUUUACACACUUUCAGGAAAUUUUGCUCUAAACUCUGUUGCGAGUCCCCCAGCUACCAAAUAAUAAGCCAGAAAGGAUGUACUAAGAAUACUUUAGAAUCUCAAAUGUGUAUAAUGGUCUUUCUGUUACAUGAUGAGUCUCAACCAAUUAACCAGUGGAUGUCUUGUUGUAUCUGCAAGAUGCCUUUUGUCAUAAAAAGGAUAUUUAUUACCAGUGGGUAAAACCA